UUGAGACCAGCCCGUGGAUAUUGUCAGUCUGUGUUUUUUGCAGUGGACGUUUUUGAUGGUGAGGAAGGUGAGCCUUGCAUCACGCACAAGCGAACGCUGAUCAAAGCGAUUACAUUGAAAGAUACGUUAAAAGCAAUCGACGAGUACGCAUUUAAGACGAACCCGUAUCCGGUAAUAUUGACUAUUGAGAAUCACGUUGGACUGCCGCAGCAAAAGGCAAUGGCACGUAUUUUCGAUGAGGUUUUGGGCGACAAAAUAUACAUCCGUCCUGAUGAUGGAGCCACGAAACCGCUACCAUCACCAAAUGCUUUGAAGAACAAAUAUCUGCUGCGCGGCAAAAAACUGGCUUCAAAACAUGGCCCCGAUCAGAUGCUCGACCAGGAAGAUGACGAACCGACGGAAAAAGACAACAGAAAAGUCAAAGAUGCUAUCAAACUGGAGCCAGCGUUCUCGCAAUUAAUAUCACUACCGUCCGUCAAACUUUCUGAAAAUAUAUUCCGGGAUAUCGAUGAGCGUAUGUUGCAUAUGAAUCUUUUCUGUAAAAUGUUUCAUAUAAACUGUAAGAGCGAUGGAAGCAUGUAG